ACCAGCAGAAAGCCAGGCGCAGCAGAAGACAACGCAUAUUUGAAGUGUUUGAAAGCUUUUUCCUUUUAUGUAUUGAGUGAUAACGAUGACUAUCUUUUGAUGAGUGUUACUAAAACCAUGAAGAAGCUUGGCGUGCAGUUCGACCCACCAUCAUUAAUAUUAGUUUACCAGGAUAAAAAUAUGAAACUGCAUCGAAGAGUGAUGCCAAUACGCAGUUUCAAUACAGGAUCUAAUAUAAAUUUUUUUGCCUCUCAGCUGCAAUUACGGCAUAAGGAACACCUUAAUAGUGUUCCUCAAAUCACAAUAGAAAAAAUGCUUAGAAUUCUUCAGGAACACCUUAAGGGAAGGCCUUUGGAGACUAUCCUUGAAACUAUUAGCUCAGAAUACAUUGUGAACCCUGAAGAGGAUCUGAACAAGUUAACUGAAGAACAGCUGCAUCGUAAAAAGAUGAUAAUGGAUGCAUCCUUUAUUGCGAAUCAACUUCAACCAACAGAUCCAGAUUUUGAAUAUGAUAGACAGGUGGACUUUGAGGAAAACAAAAUAGAAUCAGGAUGGGAUUUAGAUAGUCAUCUUAACAAAAAUGAUAACGCAGACACAGAUGAUGGUGAUGAUUUCUGGGGAUAG